AUGAAUUCUCGAUUUGAAUUAUUUUCAACAGAAAUUUUAUAUGAAAUAUUUGAUUAUUUAUCAACUUAUGAUAUAUUUCAUGCUUUUAUUAAUCUCAAUUAUCGUUUAAAUUAUAUUAUUAAUAUAUAUCCAUUAAAAAUUGAUUUACGAAAUAUUUCUCGAUUAAAAUUUGAUUAUAUUUGUUAUUAUCUUCGACCUGAACAAGUCAUAUCACUUAUAUUCUCAGACGAUAAUAUGGGUGAUCAAGUUAUUGUUUUUCAACGAUAUUUUCCAAAUUUUAAAUAUCAAUUUAUUAAUCUUCGUUCUAUAAAAUUUAUUCGAACAGAUGAUAUUCUAUUGGAUUUACCAUAUUCAGUUUCAGCUCUUACAUUUCAAGGUUGUACAUAUGUUAGUCAACUUUUUGUUGAAACUAUUGUAAAACAAGCCAAAUCUUUAACUUAUUUGAAAAUUGAUUGUUUUCAUGUAUUGCAAUCAAUUGAUAUUACAUUUCCUUCUCUCACUUAUUUAAAUAUUGGUCAUGUUGGAAUGAAAAUUUUCUGUUGUUUUUUAAAAAACAAGGGAUCGUCUUCCAACGAUUAUCAUUUAUUAAUUAAAAAUCUUCGUUCACCAAUCAAUCAUUUAAAACUUUCUAUUGAAAAUGAAAAUUUAAUAGACUCGAAUUCAAUACCUAAUUUUGAUUAUUUAUCUCAUUGUCUUACAAAUCUUACAAUGACUUGUUUAAUAAAUAAAACUUUUUCAUUUGAGUACAUUCAAAAUUACCUUAUGAAAUUAUUAAAUUUAAAAUCUUUAACAAUUGUUAUCAAAUUAGAUUUAAUUGAUGGUAAACAAUGGGAAGAAUUUAUUCGAAAAACAAAAAUUAUUAAAUUUAAUUUUCA